AUGUCCUCAACAGACAAUAAUAGCGAUAGACCUCAACUUCAAAUAACAAUAACAGAACCAGGUGGAGAAACCGAUUCACCUUCCUCCUCUUCCUUUUCAUACAUACCUUCGCCACUUCCUUCACCACUAUCACCAAUACUUUCUAAUAAUACUCUACGUCGACCUGAAUCUUUGAAUACAAAGCAAGACGAUACUAAUUUGACUGAAAAGAGUGCUAACGACGAUUUCGAUAAUAGUAACAAGGAAUUAAGUGUAGAUCUCGAAAAGAUACUUGCACCCAUUAGUGACAAAAACAAGUAUCAAGAACAUAACAACAAUAGUGACAGUGCAAAUAACAAUUCUACGACGAUUUAUAAUCCUUCGUCAUCUGAGAAUAUCAAAUCGAUGGUCUGUCUAGCGUUAUUUAACGCUUAUCUCCCGAAUCAACUGAAAACUUUUCCGUGUGAUUUCUGCACAGCUGACACAUCCGUGUUUUAUAACAUCACACAGUUUUGCGUGUUGAAAGGUAUCGCGGCUAAUGCGAUCAAUGGGUCACGACUUGAGACAGACAAUGGGUGGAUGACAAAUGGCAAUUAUUGUAGAUGGAUUGGGGUCACUUGUGAUUCGUCACAAAAUAUUAUCGAACUUUCUUUAGUGAAUCCCAAUAUUCCUGGAGUUGUACCAAAUGAUUUUGGAAAGAUUACUACUUUACAAAAGCUAACAAUAACUGGCAAUAAUCAACAACCAAGUGGUCCAUUGCCAUCGAACUUUGUCAAAAUGGCAAAUCUGUCGAGUCUUGUUAUCCAAUCGACAAAUAUUGGACCAUUUCCCGAUAAUUUAGACAAAUUAUCAUCAUUAAAGACUUUGACAUUGAUAGGGAACAAACAAUUUGGUGACUCGAUUCCCGCUUCAAUCGGAUCUUUAUCUUUACAAUCAUUGACGAUCUCUUCUCAAGGAUUAUCCGGCAAUAUUCCUGACUUUAUUGGCAACAGUAAGGAAUUGAGCUCGAAUCAACUUAGCGGAAGUCUUCCCAGCUCUGUGCUACAAUUAAAAAAUUUGGUUACCUUAAACAUGGGUAACAAUAAUCUUUCUGGAAGCUUACCGGAUUCACUCGGCUCCGCCUCAUUUCAAAAAACCCUCGCAAACCUUGAUUUAAGCGGGAACACAUUGUCUGGCUCUAUUCCAUCGUCAAUUUCACAGUUCUCGAAUUUGAAUAUUUUGUCCUUGCAAAAAAAUAAAUUGUCGGGGAGUAUACCGAAUUCAAUUGGUCAGUGCAAUAAAUUGUCAGAAUUAUCUUUGAACAAUAAUCAGUUGAGUGGGAAUAUACCAGAUUCGAUUGGAUCAUUGAAGAAUUUGAUGAAAAUGUAA